AUGAGCGAUUCAUCAUCUAGAUUAGAACAAUUAAUGAAAUAUGCAAUUUCACAAAAAGAUUUAUCAGUAAGUGCCGUACUAAAUACAUCAAAGAUAUUCACUCCGCACACCAAAGUAUAA